AUGGCUGCUCGACCCCUUUUAAACAAAAUACGUGCCUGGUCAGAGUCGCUCGCCCACAGCGGCACCGUGAUGGCAUAUCCAACAGCAGACUCACUUCCGCCGCUCUAUCUCUCCCGCGCACGCCAGGAACUAGCAUCCAUCGCCGCCACAAUCUCACGCUUCGAGCCCGUAACCAUCCUCAGUCGCCCGGAGCUGGCACCAUCCCUCCUCUCACACCCGCACAUCCAACACGCCGGGCCCCGCCUCUCAAUCUACGAGUGCAAGGUCGACCAGUGCUGGAUCCGAGACAGCGGCUGCUUCUUCGUCCAAGAGCACUCCGCCCCGCGUGCCGUGGACCUCAACUUCAACAACUGGGGCGAAAAGCACCCUGUCCCGCCACACUCCGACCGCACCCUGGCCGCACGUUUAUCCGAGCUGCUGGCCAUACCCCGUCUACCCAGCCCACUGACCACAGAAGGCGGCGCGCUGGAAACCGACGGCGCCGGCACGCUACUCGCCACCGAGUCCUCCAUCGUCAACGACAACCGCAACCCGGGACGCACCAAGGCCGCGGUCGGGGAGCUGCUGAAGCGCACCCUGGGCGUGCGCAAGGUGAUCUGGCUAAAAGGCGUCAAAGGCCAGGAUACCACGGACUGCCAUGUUGACGCCCUCGCGCGAUUUGCGCUGGACAGGUCCGCGAACGAGGGUGCGGAGCGGCUAGUAGCAGAUGUCCCGGUGCUGCUGAGUCGCCCGCACUCUUCGCGACCAGCGGCCUGGAUGCGGGUCUACGAAGAAGCACGCGCCGUCCUGGAACAGGAACGGACAGCGGAUGGGCGGGCAAUCCGCGUGGUCGAUGUGCCAGAGCCGUCCAUCGGGGGGUUGAUGGAGCACGACGAGGAGGAUAUGGUUGCCACCUAUGUCAACUUCGCGUGGGUGAAUGGCGGGAUUGUGAUGCCUUCUUUUGGGGACCGCGAGUGUGAUGAAAGGGCAAUACAGAUCUUCCAAGCGGUCUUUCCGGGGAGGAUCAUUGCGCCUGUGACGAUCAAUGCACUUCCAAUUUUGGGCGGUGGGAUUCACUGCGUUACUUUGCAGGUUCCGUCGAAUGGCGAUCAAGCUGGCGGUAUUAUCGAUAAAAGCAGCUCCAUGUCAGUUGCUAGUAAUCCACAACUUGCCUGA